GUUCUCUUAAAGGAGUCAACAACUGUGUGGUCUUUUGUGUUGACAUCUGCGGAGGAUUGCGAGCGUUUGAAUGGAUAUUACCAGGUGCACGGAGAAAUGGGAGAGGCCUCCAACAUCCUCCAUCAUGUUGUCGAGUAAAAAAUCUGAUGCAGGGUCCUCCUCGUCGUCCUCUUCAUCCUCUGCGGGUGGAGCUGGAGGCGACAGGGCCCCUGGUUCUGAUGUCCAAAUGGGUGCUUCAGUCUCCGCCCCUAUGGAUGUAAAGAAAAAGGAAAGAUCUUCUCCGAGUGGCGAGUCAGGGGGAGCCCCUUUAUCUCACCAAGGAGGAGGCCCCGGUGUUCUGGAUCCGGACUCGGCCGAAGUCCGCAGGACAAGUCGGCGCAAGCGGCAAAAACAGGUGGAGUACCGCGAGAUGGACGAAAGCCUGGCCAAUCUGUCUGAGGACGAAUAUUACUCCGAGGAAGAGCGGAACGCCAAAGCGGAGAAAGAGCGGAAGCAGGUCAUCCCGCCGCCAGCUCCUCCCCCAGAGGAAGAGAAUGAUAGUGAACCAGAGGAACCAUCGGGAGUAGAAGGAGCCGCUUUUCAGAGCCGCCUCCCUCACGACCGCAUGACAUCCCAGGAGGCUGCCUGCUUCCCUGACAUCAUCAGCGGACCCCAACAGACUCAGAAGGUGUUCCUCUACAUCCGCAACCGCACACUUCAACUGUGGCUGGACAACCCCAAGAUCCAGCUGACCUUUGAGGCCACCGCACAGCAGCUUGAAGCUCCCUACAACAGUGAUGCUGUGCUGGUCCAUAGGAUACACAGCUACCUUGAAAGGCACGGGCUGAUCAAUUUUGGCAUUUACAAGAGGGUUAAGCCUUUACCAACCAAGAAGACUGGAAAGGUCAUAGUGAUCGGAGGAGGGGUAUCGGGCCUGGCCGCAGCCCGCCAGCUACAGAGUUUUGGGAUGGAUGUUACAGUAUUAGAAGCAAGGGACCGUGUUGGAGGCAGAGUGGCCACAUUUAGGAAGGGCAACUAUGUUGCUGAUUUAGGCGCCAUGGUGGUGACUGGCCUAGGAGGGAACCCCAUGGCGGUGGUCAGCAAGCAGGUUAACAUGGAGCUGGCCAAGAUCAAACAGAAGUGUCCGCUGUAUGAAGCCAAUGGCCAGGCUGGUGAACGGUGCACAAGUGUGCCAAAAGAAAAAGACGAGAUGGUGGAGCAAGAGUUCAACAGGUUACUGGAGGCCACCUCCUUCCUGAGCCAUCAGCUCGAUUUCAACUUCCUCAACAACAAGCCUGUCUCGCUGGGACAAGCCCUAGAGGUGGUCAUACAGCUGCAGGAGAAGCAUGUAAAGGAUGAGCAAAUAGAACACUGGAAUAAGAUUGUGAAGACCCAAGAAGAGCUCAGAGAUCUACUCAACAAGAUGGUGUCCACGAAGGAGCGCGUGAAGGAGCUCCAUCAGCAGUACAAAGAGGCCAGCGAGGUCAAACCACCAAGAGAUAUCACGGCUGAGUUCCUGGUGAAGAGCAAGCACAGAGACCUGACUGCCCUCUGCAAAGAAUAUGAUGAGUUGCAGGAGCUGCAGGGGAAGCUGGAGGAGAAGCUCCAGGAGCUGGAGGCCAACCCACCCAGUGACGUCUACCUGUCGUCCAGAGACCGCCAGAUACUCGACUGGCACUUUGCCAACCUGGAGUUUGCCAACGCGACGCCCCUCUCCACCCUUUCACUCAAACACUGGGAUCAGGAUGACGACUUCGAGUUCACCGGCAGUCACCUGACCGUGAGGAACGGGUACUCGUGUGUGCCCGUGGCGCUAGCAGAGGGCCUGGACAUCAAACUCAACACAGCGGUGCGACAGGUUCGCUACACUGCUUCAGGCUGCGAGGUGAUCGCCGUCAACACUCGCUCCGCCACCCAGACCUUCAUCUACAAGUGUGACGCGGUGCUGUGCACGCUGCCGCUCGGCGUGCUCAAGCAGCAGCCGCCCGCCGUGCAGUUUGUGCCGCCGCUGCCCGAAUGGAAGACGGCCGCCAUACAGAGGAUGGGUUUUGGAAACCUCAACAAGGUGGUGUUAUGUUUUGACCGCGUGUUCUGGGAUCCCAGCGUCAACUUGUUCGGUCACGUGGGUUCCACCACGGCGAGUCGCGGCGAGCUCUUCUUGUUCUGGAACCUUUACAAAGCUCCCAUCCUGCUGGCUCUGAUGGCGGGCGAGGCGGCCGGCAUCAUGGAGAACAUCAGCGAUGACGUCAUCGUGGGACGCUGCCUCGCCAUUCUGAAAGGGAUAUUCGGCAGCAGCGCCGUGCCUCAGCCGAAGGAAACGGUGGUGACCCGUUGGCGCGCCGACCCUUGGGCGCGAGGCUCCUAUUCGUACGUGGCGGCGGGGUCUUCGGGUAACGACUACGACCUCAUGGCUCAGCCCAUCCCGCCCGGGCCCGCCAUCCCAGGAGCGUCUCAACCCGUACCGCGGCUGUUCUUUGCCGGCGAGCACACCAUCAGAAACUACCCCGCCACGGUUCACGGAGCCCUCCUCAGCGGGCUGCGCGAGGCCGGACGCAUCGCCGACCAGUUCCUGGGCGCCAUGUACACGCUACCCAGACAGGCCACACCCACAACCGCCACAGCCGCCAGCAACCCGCCUCAAGCUCAGCCCGCCGCCGCCGCCGCCGUCGUCGUCUGAGCAUUUAGACUGUCAAGCCCCGAUGUUCUCUACCCUACACAUUCCAAAAUAAAAGCGCAGCGCAUGAUGGAGACUUGAAAGAAUGAAUUCGACAUCCUGAGUUUGAUUUGCAACGUGUAGCAUAGUUUGUAUUAAAAAGAUUUAUUGAAAAGA